AUGGCGGUCGUCAACAUCUUGAUGCUCGUGGUUAGCAGCUGCUUCGUCUUCCUGCUGCAGCAGCCAUGGUGGGCCACGGCGAUCGGAUCGGUGUGCAGCAGCGCCGGCAACUACACGGCCAACGGCACCUACCAGAGCAACCUGGUGUCCAUGUCCAGGACCCUCCCCGGCAACACCUCCUCCUCGCCGCAGGCCGGGGGGCCCGACGCAGUGUACGCGCUGGCUCUGUGCCGCAGCGACAUGGUCUUCAAUAGCAAUCCCACCGGCUGCAGCGCCUGCAUCGCCAGCGCGUUCCAGUACGCGCAGCAGAGCUGCCCCAACGGCAAGGUCGCCGCCGUGUACAACGACAACUGCGCCCUCGGCUUCUCCGACAGCAGCGCCCUCCUCCGAACAGGGUUCUCCGAUAGGAGCACCCUGUUCCAGUCCUGGUACUAUCUGAACAUCCCCGGCGGCGACCCCGCCACGGUGGGCGCCGGCGUCCGCGACAUGCUCAACCAGACCGCCCUGCUCGCGGCCGCCAGGAGCAGCAGGUUCGUCACCGCCUUCAUGGACAGCUCCAGCGGCGCCGUCAGGACCACGCUCUACCCCUUGGCGCAGUGCACGCCGGACCUAUCCGCCACAGACUGUCUGGCGUGCCUGCAGGGGCUCGUCGUCGUGCUCAACACCACCACGUCGGUGCGCCUCGGAGGCCAAAUCCACGUCCUGCGCUGCCACCUUAAGUACGAGAACAUGAGGUUCUUCAACGAUGACAACGCCUCCAUGGUCCGGAUCACGCCAUCGUCGUCUGUGACUCCGGCACCACCGGCUCCCACCACCAACAAAACUACUAGAGCUAGGCCGCCGUGGGUGAUUCCCCUGAUUGUGGCGCCUCCUGUGGCGGCGCUGCUCUACUUCGUCGUCUUCUACUGCCGCCGCCGGCGAACAAGACGGAGAUAG